GUGGGAGUGGGAGAGGGAUUGUUGGAGGUGAUUUAAAGUUGUUGUUGUUGGGAGUGGGAGAGUUGGGAGUGGGAGAGGUGAGAGAUGGGCUGCGAUCGGUGCUUCAAGAGAGACUCUGCUGCUGCCACUCUGCUUCGGUCGCUCCUCGUCGUGUCGCUGCUUCUCGGCUGCUCCCAGGCCAGGAAGAGCUGGAGGAACAGCCGACAGAGCGCACACUACCGCCGGCCACAGGGCACGUCCAGCCGGGAGAGGGGCGAGGCUGCGGGGGCGGGUGCCUGGUCCCACCACCCCGGGGCUGGGGGGCUGGGGGUGGGGGUGGGGGCCAUGGGAGAUGGGGAGGAAAGCUUCACCCUGGACUUCACGGCGGUGGAGGGCAACAUCGAGAACUUUAUGACCCAGAUCAAGAACCUGGCUCGCUCCCUGUACCCCUGCUCGGUGCAGAAACUCAACGACGACAUGAAGCUCCACCGUUUGGACAACUCCUCGGUCACCUGUAACGAUGGGACGCCGGCAGGGUAUUAUCUGAAAACCUCUAAAGGCAGCAAGCGCUGGUUAAUCUUCCUGGAAGGAGGCUGGUACUGCUUCAGUAAAGAGGUGUGCAACACCAGGUAUGACACCAUGCGACGCCUGAUGAGCUCCACAGACUGGCCACAAAGCCGAACAGGGACUGGGAUCCUAUCUCCACGGCCCGAGGAGAAUCCUUACUGGUGGAACGCCAAUAUGGUUUUCAUCCCGUACUGUUCCAGUGACGUAUGGAGUGGAGCGUCCCAGAAAUCAGAGAAAAGUGAUUACGCUUUCAUGGGAGCCCUGAUAAUCAAGGAGGUCGUUAAAGCUCUGCUGACCAAAGGCCUUGAGAACGCAAAGGUUCUUUUGCUGGCUGGCACCAGCGCUGGGGGUACAGGGGUGCUGCUGAACUUGGAUCGAGUGGCUGCGCAGCUGGAAGAGGCCGGUUUUCCCGGGAUCCAGGUGCGGGGAUUGGCUGAUUCCGGCUGGUUCCUGGACAACAAGCAGUUCACCAGGACUGACUGCCUGGACACCAUAUCGUGCGCUCCCACCGAAGCCAUCAAGAAAGGAAUCCGAUACUGGAACGGAGAGGUCCCAGAACGCUGCAAAAAACAGUUCAAAGACGGGGAAGAAUGGAACUGCUUCUUUGGGUACAAGAUUUACCCAACUUUAAAAAGUCCGCUGUUUGUGGUUCAGUGGCUGUUUGACGAGGCUCAGUUGACCGUGGACAAUGUCCACCUGACCGGGCAGCCUGUUCAGGAAGGCCAGUGGAACUACAUUCAGAAUCUGGGCAGAGAGCUGAAGAACACCCUCAAGGAUGUGCCAGCUGUCUUUGCCCCCGCCUGCUUGUCCCAUGAAGUCAUCACGAAGAGUUACUGGCUGAACAUCCACGUGAAGGGGGUGCCGUUGGCUCGGGCUCUGCACUGCUGGGACCGCAGCCACCAGGAGGGGAGCAGGAGCAGCAAGAAUUCGCUCAAGGGCUGCCCCACCCACCUGAUCGACGGCUGCCACUGGCCGCACUGCAACCCCACCUGCCCCACGAUCAGGGACCAAUACACAGGGCAGGAGAUGUCCGUCAUCGAGUUCCUCAUGCACAUGGGCUUCGACAUCCAGAAGAUGGCUCAGCAACAGGGGAUGGAGGUCAGCAAACUGCUGGCUAUGCUGAGCAGCGGCAGCUAAGAGUCCCGACCGACAGAAACUCGGGACCCGCCAGACUUUCAAAACGAAGGGGGAAAGGAAACCAAAAUCGUCCACUGGCGGUGGAGGGAGCCACAAGGGCCUUCGUUAAGUUAAGCCCCCCCGAACCGAACCACCAUCAAAAACAACCCGCAUUGCCUUCAGACAAGUGGUGGGAAGCACUGGAUUGUUCAGACAAUGCGAAGGAAAGAUAUGGUCCGCUUUCCGCACAACAUCGCCACUAGAUCACAAGACGAGAGGAACUCCCAACCAAGCCGUAAAACACAGAGAAGGACUUUCCUUUUGAUUUCAGGUUCACAGACUGACACAAAGGACAGGACAUAGGGCAGGACAGACAGGCUGACACGUGAACAUAGGACAGGACACAUUGACUGACACAAGGACACAGGACAAGACACACAGGGACAUGGAACAGGAUAGACUGGCUAACACAGGAAAGCUGCGGUUACGACUGACACAAAACUAUUAAUAAAUAUUCUGUACUUAACAAACUAAAAAAAAGCUACGUUUGGUAAUUUUACAUAUUUAUUUUAUUGUGUAAAUCGUAUUUAUAAUUCUUAUUGAAGGGCAGAGAGCUAAAGUAUGUUUCUUUAUAAAAAAAAUUGUAAAUAGUGUUCUCUUAAUCGCAUGUCUUUGGAAUGGAAUUAAAAACAGAACCAUCUUA